UAAAUGGAGAAGUAAGAACAAGACAGACAGAUGAGGAUGCCGUUGAUUUGGAUCACUGUCAUUUGACAUUGUUCCUUCAUACAUCGCUCAUCUCUUCUAUUCUUCCUGGAACCACACCACCAACAAUAUCUUUGAAACCAAACUGCUGUUCCAUAUCUUCUCAGAUUCCAAUAUGAAGGGCCUCUUCUUCCUGUGUGCACUAUUGUGUGGAGCUCAAACAUCAUCAGAGACUGCUACUACUUAUGAUUAUGCGGUUAAUACUUUUGAGCUCUCCAUUUCUUCAGCUUUUUCAGCAACACUGUCCACAGAUGAAACCACCAAUGUUGCCAGCACCACGCCUGAUGCCACCACACCGUCACCGGAAUCCAAAAGUCAGAGCACGUCACGUUCACCUGACACAGAGUCACCCACCAUACCUAUUUUUAACUUUAGCAAGAAAUGUAUUCCAGAGUUGAUGGUGUCCGGCGGCCUGAUCAUAGCCUGUGCCAUUCUGCUGGUUUGCAUUGUGGCGUUGACAUGGAAGGUGUGCCAAUUGAGCAGGCACGUCAAGAUGCUGAGCAGCAACGCUGACCUGAUCAGCACCAAUGAUUACUGGAUGGGAACUGCCAAGAAGAACAAAGAGACCGAAGCCGAAGAGACCACUGUGUUAAUGUCUGACAUCAAUCCAACAAUGGAGGAGAUGGGUAAUGGUACCACCAAGGAAGAAGGAGGGAAGGCAAAGGAGGAUGGACAAACAGAACAGGAGGACAAAAAGGAGGUGGGAGACACAAGUGCCAAGAGUGAGGACGCUUCGGCCACACCUGUAACCGUUGAUGAAAAGGCAGCCUCCUCAAAGCCACAAGAGGAGCCCAUUGAUGCCCAGUCCACCAACGCAGUAGCAGCCUCCUCCUCUGAGGGCACAGAGGAACCAAAGGAUGGGGUGUAGAGUUGUGUGUGUAUGCCAAAGAGUUUCCUGAGCACCUGGCUUCACUUCCCCAUAUGUUUUUUUACUACCCCUUUUACAGUAAAUUAAUGGUACUUCUUUAGCAGCUUUUGCUUUACAGUAAUUGCCACAACUUUGUGUCAAACUGGGCACUGAGCAUUUCUGGCUGAAAACAGCUGGUUUAUCCUGUAUUUCACAAUUAUUUGUGUAUAUUGGAAUUUAUUAAUAUUAUCAUACACUUCUGUGCACGAAUAUCUGUGUCUUAACUUACCCUUGUGGUGUACAUACAUUUAUUACGUUUUUAUGAUGGAUAUGACAACAACCAGAGGAAUAAAAAGAUAACGUGACCUCA